UGGGGCUCCCUCCCCACGGCCUCCAUGAGAGACAGGGAGCCCCGGGAGGCACUUUCGGGGGGGACCGAUGAUGAACGGCUGUCUCCGGUUGGCGUGAGGAUGCGACGGUGACCGGGGCAUCGCACGCCUGCGGACCCUCUGACGAUGAAUGGGACGGCCAACGUGAACGUGACUGGCCGGAGCCAUUAUGCGUCUGCUAUCCCGGUGCCCCGCGCUAUGUCCCAGAGCAAGCUGCCCCCGAGGCAGAGCAGCCUGGGGGCCCCCCCUUCCCAGCGGGCGGCGUCACCACGGCCGGGGAAGGCGCCAGGCUGCGUUAGCAGCCCGGCGGCCAAAGGCUCCAAGCCGAAGAGCCUUUCCAAAGGCCCCAUGGAGGCCGGGCCUGGGCCGGAGACAGCAGAGCCAUCGGAGUGCAAAAGGGCCGACGGGGUGGAGUCUGGCCUCAGCCAGAGCACUAGGACUCCAGGCAGCAGCCCCCGGGGGGGCCCGAAGACAACGCCUCGAGCGACGGGGGCUCCUAAGAAGGCUCUGGUUCAAGGGACAGAGAGAGAGAAGGAAAGUCCGAAGCCCGGAGAGGCCUAUAGCAGCCAUGGCGCCAAGAAGGGCUCGGGGAAGCCGAGUGGCACUGCCGAGUUGGCCAAGACCCCUCAGCUGCAGGGGAAGAGCCCGUCCCGCUUCAGCCUGUGCAGUGAGUCUGGGCUGCCCGGCACCCCUGAAGGAUCCAGUGCCAAGAGGCCCCAGAGCUGCCCAGUGAAAGGCCAGUGGGUGUCGGAAGCCCUCUGGAAAGGCAGCGGGGUGCCCAAGGCAGCCAGGGGUGAGGACAAGUCCCCGGGGAUCUUGCUGGGCACCAGCAGCCCCAUGCAGAAUAAGGAGCCGGCCAUCAGCUUCUCCUCAGUCCCACAGCAAAGUCACCCGGUCACUGCCACCGUGGCACCCUUCCACUACCGGCUGCAGGGAGACAGGGAGAAGAGUGAAUUCUCCCAGGAGGAGCGCGCGUGUGAGGAACUGACCAGCCCUGCAGACGGGCCUGAACUGGGCUUCCCAGGCUUGGCAGCCGGCGUGUUAAAUGGUUUCAGCGCAGGCGGGAUGCUUGGCACCAACCUCAAAAGCCUGGAGCUCAGCGGCGAGGGGCCGGAGGAGCUGAAGGGCUACCGGAAGGGGGCCGAGGGCAAGGGCGGCGGCAUGAUGCCCAAGCGGCCCAAAGCGCCCGGGGCGCACGAGCUGCGGGUCUUCAAGUCGGGCAGCGUGGAGAGCCGGCUGCCGCCCGGCCCCAGCCUGCGCAAGCAGAAGUCCCUCACCAACCUGGCCUUCCUCACCGACGCCGAGAAGAAGAUGCAGCUCUACGAGCCCCGCUGGAGCGACGACAUGGCCAAGGCGGCCAAGGGCGGCGGGCGCGGGGGACUGAAAGCCAAGGAAGCCCCGCUCAUGUCCAAGAGCCUCUCCAAGUCGGAGCACUCCCUCUUCCAAGCCAGGCUCUCCCCCGGCCUGGCCAAGCCGCCACUGGCCCCGCUCCCGUCCAGCCUCGGCAAGCCCAGCCGCAUCCCCCGCGGGCCCUACGCCGAGGUGAAGCCCCUGAGCAAGGCGCCCGAGGCCGGCGGGGCGGAGGACAGCAAAUCCGACGACGAGAUCCUCUCCAGCAAAGCCAAGGGCCGGGAGAAGCCGCAGCAGCAGCCGGCGCCGGCGCCCGGCCCAGCGGGGAAAGGGCAGGACGAGCGAGCCUACCUGAAGGUGGAUCCGGAGCUCGUGGUGACGGUGCUGGGGGACUUGGAGCAGCUGCUCUUCAGCCAGAUGCUGGACCCCGAGUCCCAGAGGAAGAGGACGGUGCAGAACGUGCUGGACCUUCGGCAAAAUCUGGAGGAGACCAUGUCCAGCCUGAGAGGCUCCCAGGUGUCUCACAGCUCUUUGGAGAUGACCUGCUACGACAGCGACGAAGCCAACCCCAGGAGCGUGUCCAGCCUGUCCAACCGCUCCUCCCCCCUGUCCUGGCGCUAUGGGCAAUCCAGCCCCCGGCUGCAGGCCGGGGACGCUCCCUCAGUGGGUGGGAGUUGCCGGUCGGAAGGCACCCCCAGCUGGUACAUGCACGGCGAGCGGGCGCACUAUUCCCAUACCAUGCCCAUGCGCAGCCCCAGCAAGCUGAGCCACAUCUCCCGGCUGGAGCUCGUCGAGUCGCUGGACGCCGACGACGUGGAUCUGAAGUCCGGGUACAUGAGCGACAGCGACCUGAUGGGGAAGACCCUGACGGAGGACGACGACAUCACCACGGGCUGGGAUGAGAGCAGCUCCAUCAGCAGCGGCCUCAGCGAUGCCUCUGACAACCUCAGCUCUGAAGAGUUCAACGCCAGCUCCUCCCUCAACUCCCUCCCGUCCAGCCCCACGGCUUCCCGGCGGAACUCGGCCAUAGCGCUGCGCACGGACUCGGAGAAGCGCUCGCUGGCCGAGAGCGGGCUGAGCUGGUACAGCGAGGCGGAGGAGAAGGGCCCGAAGAAGCUGGACUACGACAGCGGCAGCCUCAAGAUGGAGCACGGCGCCUCCAAGUGGCGGCGGGAACGGGCUGAGAGCUGCGACGAGGCCCCUGCCAAGGGGGGGGAGCUGAAGAAGCCCGUCAGCUUGGGCCCGCCGGGGUCCCUGAAGAAGGGCAAGACGCCCCCGGUGGCAGUGACCUCGCCCAUCACCCACACGGCCCAGAGCACCCUCAAAGUUGCAGGCAAACCUGAAGCUAAAGCCACUGACAAGAGCAAGCUGUCUGUGAAGAACGCGGGCCUGCAGCGCUCUUCCUCCGACGCUGGCCGGGAUCGGAUCGGGGAUGCCAAGAAGCCUCCCUCGGGGCUCGCCCGGCCCUCUACCUCUGGCUCCUUCGGCUACAAGAAGCCGCCUCCUGCCACCGGCACGGCUACGGUGAUGCAGGCAGGUGGCUCGGCCACGCUCGGCAAGAUCCAGAAGAGCUCCGGCAUCCCUGUCAAGCCUGUCAACGGGAGGAAAACCAGCCUGGAUGUCUCCAACGCCGGGGAGCCUGGCUUUUUGGCGCCCGGGGCUCGCUCCAACAUCCAGUACCGGAGCCUGCCGCGGCCGGCCAAAUCCAGCUCCAUGAGUGUGACGGGCGGGCGUGGCGGGAACCGGCCUGUGAGCAGCAGCAUCGACCCCAGCCUCCUAAGCACCAAGCAAGGGGGCAUCUCCGUGUCACGGCUCAAGGAGCCCUCCAAGAUCGGCACGAGCCGGAGCACGCCGGCCCCGGUGAACCAGACGGACCGCGAGAAGGAGAAAGCCAAAGCCAAGGCCGUGGCCCUGGACUCCGAGUGCGUCUCGCUGAAGAGCAUCGGCUCCCCCGAAAGCACCCCCAAGGCCCAAGCCAGCCACCUGCCUGCUGCCAAAGUGGCCGAGCUGCCCCCAACACCGCUCAGGGCGCCUGCCAAGAGCUACGUGAAGCCCCCUUCCCUGGCCAACUUGGACAAGGUCAACUCCAACAGCCUGGACCUGCCCUCCUCCAACGACCUGCCCCAGCCCCACGCCAGCAAGCGGCAGGACCUGCACCCGGCGGCCGGGCACCUCACACCCUGCUUCGCCCCCAGCCCCGCCCCCAUCCUCAACAUCAACUCGGCCAGCUUCUCCCAGGGCCUGGAGCUCAUGAGCGGCUUCAGCGUCCCCAAGGAGGGCAGGAUGUACCCCAAGCUCUCGGGCCUGCACCGCAGCAUGGAGUCCCUGCAGAUGCCAAUCAGCCUGCCCAGUGCCUUUUCCGGGAGCAGCACCACCACCACCACCCCUGCCCCUGCUCCCACCCCUCCCAUCAGCACAGAGGAGGAGACCAGCGAGCAGGGCUGGACUGGCAGCCCGAGAGCAGCACAUCUGGACAGCACCAACCGCGACCGGAACACGCUGCCCAAGAAGGGGCUGAGGUACCAGCUCCAGUCCCAAGAGGAGACCAAGGAGAGGCGCCACUCCCACACGAUCGGCGGGCUCCCAGAGUCAGAUGACCAGUCAGAGCUGCCCUCGCCUCCCGCCCUCUCCGUGUCCUUGGCCGGAAAAAGCCCACUCACGAAUAUCGUGAGUCCCACUGCUGCCACCACUCCGCGGAUCACCCGUUCCAACAGCAUCCCCACCCACGACUCCGCCUUCGAGCUCUACAGCACCUCCCAGAUGGGCAGCACCCUCUCCCUGGCAGACAGACCCAAGGGCAUGAUCCGCUCGGGCUCCUUCCGGGACCCUGCGGACGACGUUCAUGGAUCGGUGCUGUCCCUGGCCUCCAGCGCCUCCUCCACCUACUCCUCAGCGGAGGAGAGGAUGCAAUCCGAGCAAAUCCGCAAGCUGCGCCGGGAGCUGGAGUCGUCCCAGGAGAAGGUGGCGACCCUGACGUCUCAGCUGUCAGCCAACGCUAACCUGGUGGCGGCCUUCGAGCAGAGCCUGGUGAACAUGACGUCCCGUCUGCGCCAGCUGGCAGAGACCGCGGAAGAGAAGGACACGGAGCUGGUGGACCUGCGGGAGACCAUCGACUUCUUGAAGAAGAAGAACUCAGAGGCCCAAGCCGUGAUCCAAGGAGCUCUGAACGGGACUGACAUCACGCCCAAAGAGCUGCGCAUCAAGAGGCAGAACUCCUCCGACAGCAUCUCCAGCCUCAACAGCAUCACCAGCCACUCCAGCAUCGGCAGCGGCAAGGAUGCCGACGCCAAGAAGAAGAAGAAGAAGAGCUGGCUCCGGAGCUCGUUCAACAAGGCCUUCAGCAUCAAGAAGGGCCCAAAGUCGGCCUCCUCCUACUCGGACAUCGAGGAAAUCGCCACCCCCGACUCCUCAGCCCCGUCCUCUCCCAAGCUGCAGCACGGCUCCACUGAGACCGCCUCGCCCUCCAUCAAGUCCUCCAACUCCUCCUCCGUGGGCAUCGAUGCCACUGAGCUCUUCCAGGCCAACGAGGAGGAGGAAGAGCCGGAGAAGAAGGAGGUGUCGGAACUGCGCUCAGAGCUAUGGGAGAAGGAAAUGAAACUGACCGACAUCCGGCUGGAGGCUCUGAACUCAGCCCACCAGCUGGACCAGCUCCGUGAGACCAUGCACAAUAUGCAGCUGGAGGUGGAUCUCCUGAAGGCCGAGAACGACCGGCUCAAGGUGGUCCCAGGGCCUUCGUCAGUCCCGGGCUCCAUCCCCGGGCACCUCAGGAGCACGUCAGCCUCCUCGUCCCCACGGCGCUCACUGGGCCUCGCCCUCGCUCAGUCCUUCAGCCCUGGCUUGGCAGAUACAGACCUGUCGCCGAUGGAUGCCGUGGGGGCCCAGAAGGACGAGGUGAUGCUGCGGAUCGUGGUGCGCAUGCCGCCCCAGCACAUCAUCAAAGGGGACUUAAAGCAGCAGGAAUUCUUCCUGGGCUGCAGCAAGGUGAGCGGGAAGGUGGAUUGGAAGACGCUGGAUGAAGCCGUCUGCCAGGUGUUCAAGGACUACGUCACCAAGAUGGACCCCGCCUCCACACUGGGGCUGAGCACCGAGUCCGUGCACGGCUACAGCAUCAGCCACGUGAAGAGGGUCCUGGACACGGAGCCCCCAGAGCUGCCCCCCUGCCGGAGGGGCGUGACCAGCAUCGCCGUGGUGCUGAAAGGCCUGAAGGAGAAGUGCGUGGACAGCCUGGUGUUCGAGACGCUCAUCCCCAAGCCCAUGAUGCAGCAUUACAUCAGCCUCCUGCUCAAGCACCGGCGCCUCAUCCUCUCAGGGCCCAGCGGCACGGGCAAGACCUACCUGACCAACCGGCUGGCCGAGUACCUGGUGGAGCGCUCGGGCCGGGAGGUCACCGAGGGCAUCGUCAACACCUUCAACAUGCACCAGCAGUCGUGCAAGGACCUACAGCUGUACCUCUCCAACCUGGCCAAUCAGAUCGACCGGGAGACGGGCAUCGGGGACGUGCCAUUGGUCAUCCUCCUCGAUGACCUCAGUGAGGCUGGCUCCAUCAGUGAGCUUGUCAAUGGAGCGCUCACCUGCAAAUACCACAAAUGCCCCUACAUCAUCGGGACGACCAACCAGCCCGUGAAGAUGACCCCGAACCAUGGCCUGCACCUCAGCUUCAGGAUGCUGACUUUUUCCAACAACGUGGAGCCAGCCAAUGGCUUCUUGGUCCGUUACCUGCGCCGGAAGCUGCUUGAGUCGGACAGCGACAUUAACGCCAACAGGGUGGAGCUGCUGCGGGUGCUGGACUGGGUGCCCAAGCUCUGGUACCACUUGCACACCUUCCUGGAGAAGCACAGCACCUCGGACUUCCUCAUCGGCCCCUGCUUCUUCCUGUCCUGUCCCAUCGGGAUUGAGGAUUUCCGGACCUGGUUCAUCGACUUGUGGAAUAAUUCCAUCAUCCCCUACCUGCAGGAGGGGGCGAAGGACGGGAUCAAGGUCCACGGCCAGAAAGCAGCCUGGGAAGACCCCGUGGAGUGGGUCCGGGACACCCUGCCCUGGCCGUCAGCGCAGCAGGACCAAUCGAAGCUGUACCACCUGCCCCCGCCCAGCGUGGGGCCCCACACCACAGCCUCCCCCCCGGAGGAGCGGACUGUCAAAGACACCACGCCCAGCUCCUUGGACUCCGACCCCCUGAUGGCCAUGUUGCUGAAGCUCCAGGAAGCAGCCAACUACAUCGAGUCUCCGGACCGAGAGACCCUGGUGGAUCCCAACCUGCAGCCGACGCCGUGAGGCCACACCGCACCGGGGAGGGGAUCUCGCCGCCCUCGGCCGCCAGCGUUCCCGCGGGCUGGUUUUGCUUUUCGUUUGGUCUCCUGGGAGUGUGCGGCCGGGGCUGGAAAGCGGCGGGGACGCGGGGCUCUGGCACGUCCCCUUUGGGCAUGGGGGCAGCAGGGCUCGGCCCCCGAGAAAGCGCGAGGCACCUGCCUCCCAGCCUGACUCUGGCGGUAGGAGAAUCCUGGUUUUUCUUCUCGGUUUUUCUGUCUCUGUCGCAAACUCCUGGGGAUUGGGGGCCGAAUGCAGCCAACACAGACUCCCCGGCACCAACGGGCAGGCACCUGCACGGGGCGGGGACCCCGCGGGACCCCUCCCGGGGUGCGCUGGGGGGGCAGGGAGGAGCAUGCAGCCCCAGAACGAGGAUUUUUUGUUGUUGUUUUAAUUAAACAAUCUGCGGGGCAAAGAGAAGAACAAAUUCCUGAUGAAUGUGUCUGAGUCGCGCUGUCAGAGACCCACUGGGCACCGGCUUCCACUGUCUCCCGCGCCAGCCACCCAACAAACUCCAGUGCAAGCGAAGGCCUGGGAGGAGGAAGCGGACUCUCAGCUCUGUCUUUGUACAUCCCUUAUUUAAUCUGCAUGACCGUCAUUUAAACCAGGACUUCCCAAUAAACCCUGCUUUGGUUAUAUUAUUCCCCCCCACACCCACCCAUUUGAUUUGGACAGAGUUCAGUUCUUCCUUUGUUCCUCUGGUUCUGGUUGGUUUCUCCCCGUUGCUGUGGCCCGAGGAGGGGCGGGCAGCCUCGUAUUGAGUUGAUUCCUUUUUUCCAUUUCCGUUGGACUCGUUUAUUUUUGUAGCUGUUGUUUUUUUCUCUCCCCUCU